ACACCUAAAACACUCCCAACACCGCCGCCGCUCCUCCACCAUUUCUAAGCGCAACACCACCUAAAGCUUCAAAAUGCCGCCGAAGUUCGACCCGAGCCAGGUCGUCGACGUCUACGUCCGGGUCACCGGAGGAGAAGUCGGAGCGGCGUCGUCACUCGCCCCCAAAAUCGGUCCGCUCGGUCUCUCCCCCAAAAAAAUCGGUGAGGACAUCGCAAAGGAGACCGCCAAGGACUGGAAGGGCCUCCGCGUCACCGUCAAGCUGACGGUGCAGAACCGUCAGGCCAAGGUCACCGUCGUCCCCUCCGCGGCGGCGCUUGUCAUCAAGGCGCUGAAGGAGCCCGAGCGCGACAGGAAGAAGACGAAGAACAUCAAGCACAACGGCAACAUCGCGCUCGACGACGUCGUAGAGAUCGCGAAGAUCAUGCGGCCGCGGUCCAUGGCGAAGGAGCUCGCCGGAACUGUGAAGGAGAUCCUCGGCACGUGCGUUUCUGUUGGAUGUACCGUCGACGGAAAGGACCCCAAGGAUCUGCAGCAGGAGAUCUCCGACGGUGAUGUUGAGGUUCCUCUCGAUUGAUUAUUUUCUCUGGAUUUUGUUAUUUUGCUGAAUCUUCUCUUUUCUAGGUUUUGGAUUUUGUUAUAUUAGUUUUUUUUAAUUUUUGUGCUUUUUUCUUUUCAGUGUUUUUUUUUUGUUUUAAUUUGAAUGCCUGGUUUUCAUAGUGAUGAAUUUUGCUUCUGCAUUUUACUCUUUUAAGUUAAAUUUUGGUGAUUACUGUUUCGAUUU